AUGGAGGCUGCGGAAGCACGGCAGGUGGCGUCGCUGUCCGGGAGCCGCCGGGUCCGCCGGCUGCCCCGGCUGGGCCGCGUCGCGGUGGUGGUGGACCAGGGCUCGGGCUUCACCAAGGCGGGCUUCGCGGGCGAGGAACAGCCGCGGCUGGUGCUGAAGAGCUCCAGCCUGGUGCCCAGCUGGGACCGACCCGUGCUGCCCGGGGCGCCCGGCUGCGAGCUGGCGGGCGGCGUGGCGCGGGCGCACCCCAUCAAGCACGGCGUGGUGGUGGACUGGGAGGCGCUGGAGGGGCUGUGGGAGCGCCUGCUGGUGGGCGGCCUGCAGGUGUGCCCAGAGCAGUGGCCUGUGCUGGUGAGCGACUCGCCGUCGGCUCCGCCCGCGGGCCGCGAGAAGGUGGCCGAGCUGCUGUUCGAGGCCCUGGCGGUGCCCGCGUGCCACAUGGCCAGCACCGCAUUUUUGGCGCUCUGCUCCGUCGGCGCGUUCAGCGGGGUGGCCGUGGAGGCGGGCGCGGGCGUGUGCCACGCCACACCCAUCUAUGCGGGCCACUCGUGGCACGAGGCCACCUUCCGGCUGGACGUGGCAGGCAGCACCCUGUCGCGCUACCUGCGUGACCUGCUGGUGGCAGCGUGCCCUGCUGAACGACUGCAGGCCCUGCCCCGCAAGGUCAUCACACAGCUCAAAAAGCGCUGCUGCUAUGUGUCACUGGACUUCCAGGGUGACCUCUGUAACCCUGCCCGCCACCAUCCGGUCAGUUUCUACUUAGGCAAUGAGUGCUCUGUCUGUCUCAGCAGCGAGCGCUUCCGCUGCCCGGAACCCAUCUUCCAGCCGGGUCUGCUAGGCCAGGCUGAGCCGGGGCUGCCCACCCUGGCCUUCCGGGCACUGCAGAGGAUGCCCGCAACACUACGGACACGGCUGGCCAACACUGUGGUGCUGGCCGGUGGCUCCACGCUUUUCCCUGGCUUCACUGAGCGCCUGGAGAUGGAGCUGGAGGCUCAGUGCCGGCGGCACGGCUAUGGGGCACUGCAACCCCGCCUGGUGGCCAAGCCCGGGCGUGGCACAGCAGUGUGGACAGGCGGCUCCAUGGUGGCUUCGCUGCGUUCCUUCCAAUGCCACUGGAUGACCCGGGCCAUGUACCAGGAAUGUGGCUCCAGGCUGGUGCACGAAGUGUUCAACUGAGUCAUGUUGGACUGGAGGGGGUGGUGCCACAAGGGGGGCUGCAGAGGCGGACUCUCGGCAGGCUGAGCUGCAGCUCUGUCGGAGGCAUUGAAUGCCAGAUAAAAGGCUCAGUGAUUGGAGUUGGCAGAGUUGUGUGGUGAUGGGUCACCCUCUACCCUU